GAGGAAUCAAAGAUGAACUUGGAGCAGGAGAGGCCUUUUGUCUGCAGUGCCCCAGGCUGCUCGCAGCGUUUUCCAACAGAGGAUCAUCUGAUGAUUCACAGGCACAAACAUGAAAUGACUUUGAAGUUUCCUUCAAUAAAAGCAGAUAAUAUGUUAUCAGAUCAGACUCCUACACCAACACGCUUUCUGAAGAACUGUGAGGAAGUGGGCCUCUUCAACGACAUCGAUUGCUCCCUAGAGCACGAGUUCAGAAAGGCACAAGAAGAAGAGAACAACAAAAGGAAUAUCUCCAUGCAUAACACAGUUGGAGGAGCAAUGGCAGGACCUGGAUCUCACCAGCUGACAAAUACAAGGAUGCCAAACCACGACACCAGCGUUGUGAUUCAACAAGCCAUGCCGUCUCCACAGUCCAGUUCGGUCAUUACGCAAGCACCUUCCACAAAUCGACAGAUUGGGCCUGUCCCAGGGUCUCUGUCUUCACUACUGCACCUACACAACCGACAAAGACAGCCUAUGCCUGCCUCUAUGCCUGGCACCCUGCCCAACCCUACCAUGCCUGGAUCUUCUGCUGUACUCAUGCCUAUGAAGGGACAAAUGUCAAUGAACUCCAACAUCAUGGGGAUGCAGGGGCCGAACCUCAAUAAUCCGUGUGCUUCACCUCAAGUCCCUCCAAUGCAUUCAGAAGCCAAAAUGAGAUUGAAGGCAGCGCUGACUCAUCAUCCUGCUGCCAUGUCGAAUGGGAAUAUGAACACCAUGGGCCACAUGAUGGAAAUGAUGAGCUCGCGGCAGGACCAGACGCCACACCAUCAUAUGCACUCACAUCCUCAUCAGCACCAGACGCUGCCACCUCAUCACUCAUACCCGCAUCAGCACCAGCAUCCGGCGCACCAUCCUCAUCCUCAGCCUCACCACCAGCAGAAUCAUCCCCACCACCAUUCCCACUCGCACCUUCACGCGCACCCGGCACAUCACCAGACCUCGCCGCACCCGCCGCUGCACUCCGGCGGACAAGCACAGGUUUCGCCAGCGGCGCAGCAGAUGCAGCCCACGAACGAGGUUUCCAUGCUGAAAAAUGAGGUAGCACAGCUGAAACAGUUAUUGCUAACACAUAAAGACUGUCCGAUAACAGCUAUGCAGAAAGAAUCGCAAGGAUAUCUAAGUCCCGAGAGCAGUCCUCCCGCGAGCCCGGUCCCAGCUUGCUCCCAGCAGCAGGUCAUCCAGCACAACACCAUCACGACCUCCUCGUCCGUCAGCGACGUCGUGGGAAGCUCCACUCUUACCCAGCUCGCCAGCCACAGAACAGACAUCAACCCCAUCCUUUAA